CCCGAACAAUAAUCUCAGAUGGAAUUUUUUUAUAUUUACUCCUCAACGUGGGUUUGUUUGCUAGUCUGUUAAAGUCUGAAUGGUGAGAUGCAAAGUUAUGCUUAAUGAAUAAAUAAUCGUGUGAAUAAAAAUGGGUAAAAAGCGCCAAAGCGACGCCUCGGCAGACUCCGAGGCUCCGCUAAAAAAGGAGAAAGCUCCGGAGUUUAACGGGACAGUGUUUAAAACCAUGCUCAAAAAUCCAACCACAGCCAUGAAGGGGCUGGAAACAUUUAUAUCAACUGCGAAAAAACUACCGUCCUCCGAUCUGUAUGAUGUGGUGGAGGGUUAUAUAAAGAUAUCGAUGGAGUGUGCCGAAAUAUUUAAGUUGCUAGAAGCAGAAAAGACUUCAGAGUCGGAAAGGAUGCUGAUUUUUGGGAGCCUGGAGGUGAUCUUGUUGAGGACAGCCAGUGAUCUGUCACACUUCAACAUGGUGGGAAACGUCAUCGUGAAAAAGAUGGUUUCCAACUACAUUAAACUUCUGCAAGGCUCCUUUUAUUCAGCGAAUCACGGAUUUGUCCGCCAGUGCCUCAAUCUCCUGUCCGCUAUGGUGUCUCAGGGUGCUGAAGCUGCCAGAGAGGUACUCAGUCAUAUUCAGAUCAAAACACUCCCUGGACUGGCAAAGAAAAAGGAUAAAAGGGGUAAACCUGAUGUCAGACUGGCCUUUAUCCAGUUUGUGCUGUCAUUUCUAGUGUCUGGAGACACUGCAGUCAUUGGACAGGUUUUAGAACUUAAAGAACUCCUGCCGCACAUCUUGAACACGGGUCUGAAGGAGGACAGGAUGUCCACAGUCAAUUUGAUUUUGUCAACAUUAAAGACAAGAGUUGUUUUAAACAAAGCCAUCACUAAAACACAGAAGGUUCGCUUUUUCACCCCUGCUGUAUUGGCCAACAUUGCAUCUCUGUACAAAUGGAAUGGGAUUGUUGAUGCGACCGCUAACGAUGACACCACGGAGCAGGACUGUGAUGCUGCGGGGCUAUCAGUUGUCAGGGAACUUGUCCACAGCUUCCUUGUUGACCUGUGUUGCUCUCGUAAGCACGGCAUCAGCUUCCAUGAUCCUAGCUAUGGCACAGGCGGCAGGCCUGGAAACCUUGUCUUGCUUCAGUUCUUGGUUGGGCUGAAACAGGCGACUGAUGAUGAGUUAGUGGCGGAGCUGGUGGUGAACAUACUGAAAGGAAGCCCUGACAUCUUGUCCAGAUUUUUCAAGGAGACUCAAUAUUCAUACACCCCACGCAUCAAACGUGCUUGGCAGGACAAUGUCAAGCUCCUAAAAAGGAUCUAUGAGGCCCAGCCUGAGAUUUCCACCAUCUUUCAGACCGGUGAGAUGAUCCCUUUGCCUCGUUUGCUGUCCAUGGUGCUGGUCAUCUCUCUUCCUCCCGUGUGCAACAAGGCUUUCUUUACACAAGGCCUCAAUCUUGGAAACCCAACGGUGCAGCUUACAACUGUGUCCACCAUGAUUUUCCUACUGAAAAAAGCCAAUAAGAAUCUGGAGUAUCUUUUGGACAAAUCCGUGUGGCAGAAAUCAGAUCUGUAUUCUGCUGAGAUGAUGGAAGAGCUUGUGCGGCAAUACACAGAGACACUUGGCAAGAUUUUGCCUGAUAUGACACACAUCAUUUCAACAUGGCAGUCUCUAAACAAAAAGGAAAAUGCUGAUGGUGAUAAGAGUAAAAGUGGAGAGGAUAACGUACUGACUGAUGACCAAAAUGAAUUGCGUGGACCAGAGAAGGCAGAGGUCACUGUGCUGAAGGCCUUAAUUCUUCAAGCCAUAUGCCUUUACCAGAGGGUGGUGCCACAUCUUGUUACACAGUUCAAAUUUGACUUCAGCAAACUCCUAAAAGGAAUUGUAUCGGAGAAAGGAAUGAGAGAAGAAAUCCCUCCAGUCUUGCAGUACCAGAUACUGCAACUGGCUUUAGAUCUUCCUGCAAACAAGUUUUCCUGGUUUCGCUUACAGGAUGUUGUCAAUUCAGACUCUUCAUCUGGAGAGAAGUCUGUGCUCUACCUGCUUCUGAAAAUGUUUGUGAGCAGCAGCAGCAACUACCUGAGUACCACCACAAGGAGGCUGGUUAUAAAAGUGUUGAAGGACACCGGGGUGUUUGAGUACACCUUACCAGAACUCGACCUCUGGCUGGACCAGCUGGCAAGAAUACAACCAGACCAACAAGAGACCGUGAUCCAUUUCUUGGAGAGGGUUUUGGUGAAAUUGGUCUGCAACUCCUACGACUACACAGAUAAAGUUGCAGGUUUUGUUCAGGAUGCAGCGAACCUUCAGUCUAAUCUGAGCGUUCAGGAGGGCGAGGCAGCCAGCGUUCCCGUCUCGCACAUAGAUGAUGUUUUAGACAUGCUUGACGUCAUUAUGGAGGGUAAUGAUGGAGAGAUGGAAGAGUUUGGGCCGUCGCUGAGUGAGGACGUCAUUAUACAAACCUUCCCCUUCAGUGCCGUGGUACCUGCAGCUCUGGAAGCUCGAAACAAACUUCCAGUGGACAAAGCUGUUGUGUGUGAGUACCUGUCUGCAGUGUUGGCUGAUGUGCUGCAUUGUCAGAGAGACCCUCUGUCCCUCUGUUUGGCUCUUCAGCAGUACGACAAAGAGCUUGUCUCUUCCCAACUCCCUCCUUUCCAUCAGUGCAUCGUAAACUUCCAGCAGUAUUAUUCCAGAUGGCUGCCACAGCAGUGCAGAGAAGAGCUGUUCAAGUCUUCUGAAAGCCUUUCGAAGGAAGUGGCAGCCCCGAGCUCAUACUCGUCACUAAUUAAAGCUGCGUACAUUCAGGGACCAGGUGCUUUGCUGGAGGACAUGUUCAGGCAAAAUGCAGAAAAAGCUCUAGCUUUCAUGUCACUGAAGGAGUUUCCAGUUUUAAUCAAGCAGAUUUUGCUUUACAUUAAAUCCACAGUGGAAAGCUAUGGAAAGCUCCCCAAAGAGCAUGGAGAUGCGUUUUUGAGGACUCUAAUGGAAUUACUCCAGGAUGUAGUAACCAGACUCCAAAGUUUUGAGGAGACAACAAACGUAGAACCAGUGGCAGAAGAAUCCCAGGAGGGAUCAGACCUCUUUUCGGAUCUGAACCACUCAUUAACCAUAGAAACCAAUAAAGAACAGGUUGUUGUUUCAGCUCUGGCCUCGAUCUUCAAGCAUCCAUGUCUGGAGCAGUGGUUUCUGGCUCUGGAGCUGGCUGCAGCCCCUCCUCACUCUCUGAAACCGGUUCCACUAAAGCGCUUAUGUGCUCAGCUGACAGACCUGAUUCUGAGCCUGCUGAAGAUCAGCGCUCCCGCUCUUUUCGAGCUCAAUCACCUUGAGCUUAUUUCUGGCUAUAUGGGGGCUAUAGAAAGGGCUGCUUUGAAGGAAAUGUCCGAAAGGGGUUCUCGCCCCCCAAAGACAUAUUCAAGGUCUUUCCAGGCGCUACUGUCUUUACACAGCUACAUGGACUCCAGUGAGCUCAGAGAAUUGGUCUCUAGGUUGCUGCUUCUCCCUCAUGAAAGCCUCAUCUGCCCCAGCUGCGAAGGGACGCAGCCUGAGCUCAGCGUUUACGGCCGUGCAGCGCUGCAAAUCCUCACAAAGUGUUACUCUACUUCAUCUCAAAAUGAAAACGGCUUUCUGACACAAGCGCACCUCCAUGGCUUAGGCACCCUUCUCCUGUCCUGCUCCAGCCCUGAGCUGGAAGCCCUCCUGCUCCAGACUCUGUCAAGCAGCCCAGGCAGUGCCAAGCUUAUCCACACAGAUGUGCUGUUGCAGUGCCUCCGGCGCUCCCUCCCAGACCCUUUGGCCAUCAGCUCGCUGCUGUUACAGAACUGCUCUUCUCACCGCCUCUGCUUUGAAGUGUGGUGUGAAGAACCCACCAAUAUGGAGAAAGUGUCAGAAACCAAGGCUUUCAUUCCUCUGAUUAAUACGUAUUUGAAGAUGGUUCAAAGAGAAGACCCCGCCAGACCAAAAGAUGUUCAAACAGAGGUUUUAAAAGCCAUGAAACAAGCCCUUCUUUCCACGUUUAUUCAAAGUAUUCUGGGAAACCUGAGCGAGGAUUCUGGAGCUGUUCUUGUAGAAGCUGCGUCGAGUCUCAUCAAACUCUCUGCAGAUGUGAACGACAUCAGGGAUUUAAUCAACCGCCUUCCUGAUGCUCUUCAAAAAGCUGAGGGCUUUGAGAGAUGGUCUCUAAUAGAUGUUAUAACAGAAAAACUAGCUGACUGCACAGAGGAGCAAGAACAAUGGAGGACGUCUAUUGUUGCUGCAGCCAUAAAGUGUCUAGUAGCCUCUUACUGCCACUUUAAAGAUCAGGCUGCUUCUCCAUCAGACCAGGAGGAGGGAAUCUUAAAAAGACUGAAACAACUCCUGAAAUCUGCUGGAGACAUCAGCUCGUCUGACUGGAACAGUUUUGUCAAAAAUGGAUUGAAGUAUCGCUAUUAUGAUCAGCAUUUCCUGGACUCUCUAAGUAGUCUUUUGGAGCUAAUGUACGAGAGUACGGUAUUCCCAAAGGAUCUGAUUAAUGUACCAACUCUCCACAUGAUGACCACAAGCCAUUCUCAGUUUCUGCCCAUAAUGCUGGACUCCAGUGAAGACCCUAAGCUGUGUCAAACAAGAGAGGCCUUAAUUUCACUUCUUCUUUGUCUGGUGAAGAAGGCGCCACAAGUGUGCAACAUCAAUCACUUUGUGGUGCUUUUGGCAGCAUAUGGAGCAACACUUUCAACUUCAGAUCAAAAACUGUUACUGCUUCUUCGGGAAUAUGAAAGAAACCAAGUCAGCUUGCUGAAAUUUCAAUCACUCCUGUGGGGCCCUGCAGCUGUAGAACACCACAAAACCAGAAAAACCCUGGGCGCUUCUCUGUGGAAGCAGCCGAGCUCUAACGAUGUGUUGGCCCUGCUGAAAGCCAACGUGAUGCUCCAAACAAUUUUAAGAUUUCCACAGGAGCGCAGAAUCAGCCCCCAGGAUGGUACCGAGCUGCUGUGGAGUGAUGAUGCAGGGAAAACCCUUGAGGAUUUAUAUGAUCCAUGUUUCCUUUUGCCCCUUUUCAGCGCUAUAUUGCGACCAGAAUGUGUUGUUGACUGCGUUAAAUUUGUUUCCUGCCAUGCUUUUGGAGUAACGGCGAUGGCUCUCAGUAGCUUUGACCCAAACAUGCGAGCCGCAGCGUACCAUGUACUGGCCUGUUUCUACCAUCAUCUGGAGGGCGCCCGGUUCAGAGAGAGGACGCAGCUGCUGUAUUUGAUGGACAUCAUCAAGAAUGGAAUUCUGAAGCAGAACCAGAGACUCCCAUUUGUCCUGGCUACUUACAUCAGCAGAGUGGCUGAGCAGAUGCUCAGACCCGAGGACCACAUGUAUCUGGUGUUAAACAGAUUUCUGCUAUCACACCAGAGUUUGGAUUUAAGAAGAGUCCCGGAGUUCUUCAAGCUAUUUUAUAGUUUUGACCAAGAGAACAAAGUGGAACGUGAUUGGAUGCUGAAUUUGCUGCAGGAAGGAAUAAGUGAUGCACUAAGCUAUGAACUGUGCAACCACCAAAGCAUCUUCCAGGUCCUUCUGGGUUUCAGCAGCAGCCCCCUGUGCAGUGAGAACGUCCAGGGACAGAUAAUCAAGGUGUUGUGUCAAGCUGCCCGUGUGCCAAAGGCAGUUUAUAACCUCACUAAGAGCGGUGGGCUUCUGAGCUGGAUGAUACAAGUAGUAGAGAAAAAGAAUCUGACCCAGCAGACAAUCUGCGCAGUCAUCGACCUUCUUCACACUCUGUGGUUUACCAGCCUUGUGCAGACGGAGAAAAAGGUCGAUAGAAGCGUUUCCGCCUUGUCUACUGAGGAGAAACCUCCUGGAUUAGCCAAAUGUCUGCCACUCCCAGUCAUCAGAGAGUUCCUCUGUGUGGCUUUGGCCAUCAGCAGACACCUCAGGCUGGGUGUGAAGGCCGCUCACUUCAGCCUGUUUGUACAAACUCUUCACUCCGUCCUCGAUCAUCAGGGUACAGCUCUCAGCAUAAACAAACAAACAGAGCGCCUCUCCCUCCAUCCACAGCCGCUCUCCUCCACUGAAACUCUCUCUCUGCUACUCUGCUGGGCCACGUUGUCCCAAAACAGCUCCUCUCUAACCCAAAUACAAGCCCUGUCUGAGAGGCACAAAUUAAAAGAACUAAUGGGGAUGUGGAAGCAUAAGGUGCGCAGUAAGGGCCGCGUUAACCUGGAGAAGAACAAUACAGAGAAGGACUGUACUGUGAACAAAGAGGAGAGUCUUCUUGCGGGCUGUAAAGUGCAUCUCUGUGGUAUAUUUGUGCACUGGGAGCCGGUGUUUCAGCUCUCAGAACCACAGUCACCUCAGCCAAGAGACAGGCUGGACUCCAUACAGCUGGCCUGCGAUACGGCGCACCUGCUUACAAAGUGGUCCCUGAGGUGGCUGGCGGAGGACACGAACGAUGAAAACAGAACAAAGCAGUUCCUGACAUGGUUUGAAAAGGCUGUAAUCAAACACAAGGAAGUCGUGGAAGUUCUGAUGCACGAUUCCGGCUUGAAAGCCGACCUCCUUCUGCUCUUCCAUCACACCUUUGAAGCUCAUGGUCACUCCAGCUUUUCAGAGAGGCUGGAAACCUGCCAGCUCUUCACAAACACCAUGAUCCGCUUAUUGGAGAUGCAAGGCCAGCUCCAGGAGUUCCAUCAGGCCGUUAUCUCUGCAUGCCUGCCAGAUCAGGAUCAGUCCAGACAUGAGGCAGGACUGUUUCUGUUGUCGUUGUUCAUCCAUGAGCUGUGGAGUGGAGCGGCUUCAGCGGAGCGGUUCCUUUCCCAUGUCAGCUUGGUUAGCGGAGCCAAGAACCAAAGACAAAAAGGGUCCAAAUCAUCAAAGACUCGAUCAGCCGUCAGAGACAUCUGUAGAGAAAUUAUCAAGAUGAAAAGUUAAACACUUGGAAAUCUCACUGUCUUUUCAGUUUUUUAUAUUUUUUUUGUUAUGCUUUUAGAGAGGACUGCAAAGUUUGUAAACAUUUAUAUGAAAUUUUGACUUUUUUUUUUUUUUUAGAUCAGGUGAAACUUGCUUUAGUGUUUUUCCUAAUUCAGGGUUUGCUCCUUCUAAACACAUGAAAUUUACAAUAUAAUAAAAAAUAUAUUAUUAUGUAA